CCUGUAUCUUUCGUGUCUGCUCGGAAUUCAGGGAGAGAGCGAGCGCGCGCGCUGGACACAAACUGCUCCGUAGGCGGAAGUUUCGAGUAAAAGUCCGAGUUUUAGUUUUCACAGACGUCUACAGAGAGGUUUUAAACUUUGGCUUGGAUUGAGCCAAGGAAGCAAUGAUGGCAAUGCAAAUGGGUGAACGUGACGGUGCGGUGAAGGUUACAGAGUGGCAGAAGACGUAUUAUACGACAGAUUCAGGCAUCCAGUCAGGGGCCACCACAGUUCGUGGAGAUGAUGACGGGACGGAGUACAGCAAGAAAUACACCUACACCUCCACGGUCACUGAGCACCCUGCAGAGUCAGAGCUCAUCCUGACCCGAACCCAGCGCGUGAGGCAGGCCAUGUUCCCGGAGACGAUGCAAGAGGGGGUGACCAUUGUGUCCACACAGCUGGAUUCGUCCCAGCAGACCAACGUGCAGAGACUGGCCGAACCUUCGCAAAUGCUCAAGACGGCCAUCGUCCACCUGAUUAACUACCAGGACGACGCUGAGCUGGCAACCCGCGCCAUUCCUGAACUCACCAAACUGCUCAAUGAUGACGACCAGGUGGUGGUGAACAAGGCGGCGCAGAUUGUGAACCAGCUGACACGGAAGGAGGCGUCCCGCCGUGCUCUGAUGCAGUCGCCCCAGAUGGUGGCGGCUGUGGUGAGGGCCAUGCAGAACACCAGCGACAUGGAGACAGCCCGCGCCACCGCCAGCAUCCUGCACAACCUGUCACACCAGCGUGAGGGCCUGCUGGCCAUCUUCAAAUCAGGAGGCAUUCCUGCAUUGGUGCGCAUGCUCAGCUCUCCUUUGGAGUCGGUGCUGUUCUAUGCCAUCACCACACUCCACAACCUGCUUCUACACCAGGAGGGGGCCAAGAUGGCCGUCCGUCUGGCUGAUGGCCUGCAGAGGAUGGUGCCACUGCUGAAGAAGAGCAACCCCAAGUUUCUGGCCAUUACCACAGAUUGCCUUCAACUUCUCUCCUAUGGCAACCAGGAGAGCAAGUUGAUAAUCCUGGCUAACGGAGGGCCCGAGGCCCUGGUGCAGAUCAUGAGGAACUACAACUACGAGAAGUUGCUGUGGACCACCAGCCGCGUACUGAAAGUGCUGUCAGUGUGUCCUAGCAACAAGCCGACCAUUGUAGAGGCUGGUGGAAUGCAGUGUCUGGGGAAACACGUGACUGGCAGUAGCCAGAGGCUGGCUCAAAACUGUCUGUGGACUCUGAGAAACCUGUCUGAUGCUGCCACCAAACAGGAUGGCCUGGAAGGGCUGCUGCAGAUCUUGAUCGGGCUCCUCGCCACAGAAGACAUGAACAUGCUGGCUUGCGUCUCGGGUACGCUGUCAAAUCUGACAUGCAACAAUGCCCGUAACAAGAUGUUUGUAAGCCAGAACAACGGCGUAGAGGCCCUGAUCCACGCGCUGCUGCGUGCUGGAGAUAAGGAGGACGUGGCCGAGCCCGCCACCUGCGCCCUGCGCCACCUCACCAGCCGCCACCAGGACGCUGAGCUGGCGCAGAACGCUGUGCGCACACACUACGGCAUCCCGCCCAUCGUCAAACUGCUCAACAAGCCGCACUACUGGCCUGUCGUUAAGGCUGUGGUCGGCCUGAUCCGUAACCUGGCGCUGUGCCCAGCCAAUCAGGCCUCUCUCCGAGAUGCGGAUGCGAUUCCCAAGCUGGUCAAUCUGCUAAAAAAUGCCCACCAGGAUGCUCAGAAGCACGGUUCAACCAACCAGCAAACUUACCAGGACGGCGUGAGGAUGGAGGAGAUUGUAGAAGGUUGCACAGGAGCACUGCAUAUCUUGGCCAGAGAUCGCAUGAAUAGAGCAAUCAUCACUGACUUGAAUACCAUUCCACUGUUUGUGCAGUUGCUCUACUCCCCAGGGGAUAACAUAAAGCGGGUGGCUACCGGUGUGCUCUGUGAGCUGGCUCUGGAUAAAAAUGCAGCCCUCAUAAUUGAUAGCGAGGGAGCUGCUAGCCCACUCAUGGAUCUGCUGCACUCCAACAACGAGGGCAUUGCAACGUAUUCGGCUGCCGUGCUGUUCCGCAUCUCCGAGGACAAAAACGCAGACUACAGGAAGCGCAUGUCCGUGGAGCUCACGCACUCUCUUUUCAAACAUGACCCAGAAGCGUGGGAAACGGCUCAGAGUUCGAUGAUGGAGCCUGGCUUUGUCCCAGAUGAUAUUGAGCCUCGCUUUGUCGGUGGUGGGUAUGGAUAUGAUCACGCGCAGGCGGAGCUUGACAUGGCUGAUGAUUACCCCCAAGCCUAUGACUCAAUGGGCAGAGGCUACACUGAUGCUUGCUAACAGAAUACUUCAAGGGCACUAACUGAGGAGACGCUUCAGAAGUGGAAAGUUGCCUUCUCGAGCGGACAUCUGGCUCUGCACACACACACACACACUACUGUAUGAUAUGCAACGAUCACCGUGCUGUGAGGGGUAGAAUUGCAUAUUACUCAACACUGCCUUCUCAUGAAAACACAUUCUUACCUUUUUUUUUUUGUAGAAAAUGUUGUAUUUUAGGGCUUAUCGGGGGUUUGUAAACUCAUUAGACAGGAGGACUGGGAAUCUACCAAAGAGAUUUUAAUGAGUUGUUGUGUUUUUUUUUUUUAAGCACACAUUUGACAGUAGGAAAAGCUGGCACGGCUGAGACUGAACACUGCGAAUCAAUUGACCCCAAUUCAGCUUUAACACUUUAUCCACUUCAGUCACACAGUAGGCGGAUGAUAAGCAUGUAAAUUGAUCCUCUUUUCCCUCCGCGCAGCUUAAAGCCCACCCUCGGGCUGAGUGAUAUAGCAGGUCUUAACUCAAGCUUUUAAUCGUUUGUGCCAUAAUGAUGGAAACAUUCAGAAUCCAGCUCACAUUGAUGGACUGUUUUGCCUUUUUCUUGCACAGCAACUACAGAAUAAAUAAUUGUACUUUAUAGCGUUUAAGAUGUUCUUUUGUCCGAAUGUUGAGUGAUUUUUCACGUUGUCCAGCAGCAGUGCAGGAAAGGACUGCACCACGGCGCAAUAUUUAUACACGGGCCUCGGCGUAGAUUUUGCUCAUUUCUCCUGUAUCAUGUGUUCAUAAUCUUUAAGUAACAUCUGACUAAUUAGCAUUCUGCAGGUUUGACACUUUUUUUUUUUCCCCUUACAUAGGCUUUUUAGAUCUUUGGUGAUACCAAUAAUUAAAACAGUUACACAAUAAGAAUGCUGAGGGGGAAUGUUGGAAGUGUGACAAUUAUCUUUAUAGUGUUUCUACAUCAUACUUUAUAACAAAAAAAACUACUAAAUAAAAUCAGUUACUAACUGAA